AUGCAACCUUUGUUGCAUGGGUCUCAGUGGCUUGGGAGGUUCGAGAAAAUAUUUGACGAAUUUCUUUUGGAGAAGCAAGAAGGUGACCUUGAAAAUCCUAGCCUCUGUGAUCGGCUGGACCUUGCCUACAUAGAUCAAUUUCAAGAAAAUCAAGCUAAUAACCCAGCUACUGCUAAAAAGAAGCCUCCAUUCAGAAAGAAAAUGCUUAAUAACGAAACUUUAAUGUCCACUGUAGUCAACAAUAACAGGAGUGAAAAGAUACUGACUUUGGACAAAGAGGAUAGAAGCCCAUUGAAAAUAUCAAAAGAUACUACAAAUGCUGAUCCAUGUAAAAACAUAUUGGAGACUAAGCCAGAAGACAGCAAAGUGGAUGAAGAUCUCCUUCAGCAACUUGAGAUGCAUCGAGAGAUUGAUGAGAUCCUCACAAAACUAGAAAAGCCAUCUUGCUGUGCACGUUUAAUAUCAAAGCAAUGUGUUUUGUGGAACAGAAUCUGCUGCAAAUACACACCGCGUAUCUAUUUCAAAAAACCUCUUUCAUGGUAUUCGGCAACUUCAGCAUUGGAUGCAGGUACCCUUUUGCGGGAGAAUUAUCUCGGCAUAGUGGCUGGCAUCCUCAUUGGUUUUGUUUCUUUUCCAUUCUUCUCCGUUGCUUUUGCUCACCUACCCCAUAUGGCUGCAUUGGCUGCAGGCUAUAUGAUGAUGUUCACUGUUUUUGGAAUUGCCUUCUCAUCUGACUUUCGCUGCAUUCUCUUAAUCACUUUACCCUACCUUAUUGCUAGUCGAACCCGCUGGUUGUUGAUGCUGAUUGCUACCACUUUAGCAACUACUGGUCCAGCAAUUAAUUUUAUGCACAAUUCUGGCAACUUCCGGAACGCCAUUGCCUGUGUCCUGGGUCAGGUUAAUGCCAACGUGGAAUUGAUUGGAAAGAUCACAAAGGCACCGCUUAUGAUCAUAGUCAAACAACUGGGCGGCUUCAUAGAUAAUAUCAACAGCAGACUACAUGCGGCACGAUUGGCGUUGAGGAAGUUAAAGGAAGUGAUAUACAUGGCAACAAAGAUAUUAGAUCAAAAAUCUGAUUGGAUUCGUGGUAUGGUGGAAGCCUGUGGUGAUGAAAUCGCUAUGAAAAACCAGUGCCUUGCUUUCUUCAAUACACUGUACUUCAAUUGUGCAGCGUCGAUGAAAUCAAUGUCAUUUCUUUGUAACCUAGUGAGAAUGUUUGCCGAUCAGGCAUGCAAUGGAGUCGCAAAGCUGAAUGAUAUUUGCGUCCGAGAGUCUAAUCGACUCCAUUCGGAGGUGACUAGUGUGGCGCCGGUGAGUGAACAGCAGUUAGAGGACAGUGAAGCCUCAAUUUUACGCUUUCUGGGUCAGGAGAAUAUUAGUAUUGAGAUGGAGGAGGAAAUGGCAGACAUCAAUUUUGGCAUGAAUGUCUCCUCACAGGCAGUAGUUACGACAAUGAUUGAGGAAAGAAUGGAUCUUAUGAUGAAUGGGUUGAACUACUUUAAACGGGCCAUGGCCUGGUUGCUCACUUCAUGGACGCUCUUCACAGUGAUUCAACUGAUCGUGCAAGCCGCAAUGUAUAGAAAAAAGUGGCUGAAAAAACCUUUCUUUGACAAUGGCCACAUAACGUCCCAGUUCCUUGCACAGGUGGGCUUAAAUAUUUUCGUCUUUUUUGAUCAUGAACGCCUCUCAUUAUUUCAAAAGACUCUUGAGCAAGACAUAUCCAAUCAAAUGUCGGAUCUCGGAAUUGGUCCCAGCGAGCAAGUAGUUCCAGACAUUCAGGGAAAUUCCACCAUGUCGGAAAUUGGUCGCAGUUUUUUGAACCUGGCGAAUCCUCUAAAAGACAUCGCAUUUAGUGUGGAUGCCACUAUUUGCCGACCUCGGCCUUCUGAACCGGAUCACGAGACCACUAUACUGAUUGGCUUAGCCUUGGUCUUGACUAUCCUCAGCAUCAUUGUGCAAGUCUAUGUUCUUCGACUGCGUCACUUAAUAUUGGCCUGGUAUUACCCAGACGGUGCUAAUCGGAGAGCUGCUUGGCUACGAACCUACAUUAAAAACACACGGGGACUCUUUCAUGUGCUUAUACGCAAAUUGCGCAAUCGAAAGUUAAAGAAAUCAAAUGCUGACUCUUCAGACGGUAGACUGAAGCGACUUGAUCGGUUCAUUUUUAUGCACCCCAAGUUGGUGCGCUAUUUUGCUAUGGUGGGUGUAAAACGAAUUUUCUGUGCUCAGUGCAGUGCUCCUGGAAAUCCUAAGAAGAAGUUUGAAUUUAAUCAAAACUUCACCCAGUGCCCACGCUGUGGUGCUCAUUAUUGCAGGCUCUGCCAGGUUGAUUUGAGUGGAACUUGCCUGUACUGUAAUGUUCCCUUGUAUAACCUCUCUGCUGAAGUGGAUUUCGAGAACUGGAGCUCCGAUGAGGAGUAUGACUACUUCUACGUUAAAUACUUCUCCCGCAAAAAACAUGACGAGUUUCUGGUUCCACUAAAUCUGCUCAGUGUGGAAGAGACACUUCCACCUGGAGGAUUCCGACAGGUGCGCAGACCCAUCAAGUUCAUCCUAAAACGUCGAUUACACGCGGCCAAUAAACCUAGACAACCUACAAAGUCGCUAAAAUUUAUUCAUUGGCGAAGAGCCAGACGAAUUGACAAAGCUGUCGUGGUAGGACAACCGACCAAAGUUCCAAUACCGUGUAAGAAAGCCUCGCCCUGGUUUAAACCGAAAAGAUGGCCAUUAAGACAAAUCGAGUGGAAAUAUGAUGAUGAAGUCGAAGAACGCGAACAAAGAUAUUUGCCCCGAUUAAGAGAUACGGCAAUACAAACACCGUUUGUUCGACUGUCAGCUCUUGACUGCGGAUCUUCCUCGGCGUGGGAAGAUGACAUUCAGCUAACCAGUUUUUUCAGAUUCGAUGCAUCUCCCGAAACAUCCUUCGAGGCUAUUGGUGACGUGGGGACCAUAGUGCCCAUGAAUGAUUCUACCUUUUCGUCUGCUAAACUCACAACGUUGCGGGAUGCCCGUCAACUUGGUAUCACUAGUGACAAUUUCGAGCAAUACCAAGGAGAAGAAAUUGAUCUUGCAAAAAAUUUGCGAAGCGAACAAAAAUAUGAUAACCUGCCUCCAUUUUCCUCAACAAUUGAGGCUAUUAUUCAAACACAUCCUUCCAGCAUAUCGUUGAUAAGCACAGAAAGUCAACUUGCAAAUCUCCCAUCCAGUGGAAAUACUGGAAGUGGUCCUUUUCAUGCUAAUGUGACCGACAUCGAACUAUUCAAAGCCGAAUUUUUAUCCCUACCAACGUCACAAGAAGAGUGGAAAAGAAGUUUAGGCGACAGCUGCUCAGCGUGUCCUUUUAACGAGGAUCGAAUGGUUUCGACGCCAAGUGAUCUGGGGCCCUUAAGUUCAUUUAACGAUUCAAGUAGUGUGGAAACACAGCACCAAAGGGACGAUUUCGCCUUAAAUUCGCCGAGUUGUGAGGGAUUCUGCAUCAAACUUGAACAUCCAAAGCCACAUAAUGGCACGAUAAGCUCCCCUGGAGGUUUCAGUUUAUCGGGUCUCACGUCUUCAUCACUCAAUUCUAGUAGCCAAGGCCGAAUUGAGAAUCUCGACAAACCAUCGCAUUUGAAAACUUCGGGUUUGGCACCCACAACUUCAUCACCCGAAACUGCCUUAAAUGCACCAAUGAAUGACUUUUUAAGCGAUGAUUCAAAAGAACCGUCAGAAUGCCAAACCGUUAUAGCGAAUAAGCCCUUAAAAAACAAAAUGUGUUUUGUUCGACAAAAAAAUCCCGGCAAAAAGAAGUGGAACAGAUCAAAACCGACUUGUGAUGUUAAUCUUACUGCUGUAAGUAAACGUGGCAGCAACUUUCCAUCUAUGCAUCCACCAUCACGAAUGCCAUCAAACAUCACCUCGGAAAUCUCUUGUGAAAGUCCCUUAGUCUUAAAUAAACCUAGAAGGCGAUUAAGUGGAGGUUAUAUAUAUGCACAUAAGGACUCUAAAAAACAUCCAUCACAGCCCUCAAUGUUGACGAGCGAGCAAGGAGGACAAAUCGUAAAAUCGGCUCAUAGGUCACAAUCAACCUGCUCAUCACCCGAGCUGAGUGAUUCAGCUGGUUCACUGAGCGGAAAGGACCACUUCGAAACACCGAUUGAUACGCUAACUGAACUGUCUUGUCUACCACAUGGCAUAUUUUUACCACAGAGGGGUGAGAGUAACACCCCUGAUCUAUCCACUGUAAGUUAUCCAAAAACGCGAUCCACUGAAGUCAAAAAAACAAGUUCCAUCAGCGCAAAUAAUUUGUUUGACUUACCGGAUGGAACAAAAACUGCACUUUCUGGCUUCAGGAAACCUUAUUUAACACCACACUUGUCUCAAGGCGUUAAAAAACCCACGUCAAAUGCACACUUUACGUCCAAUGAGAAAGUGGGGCUUGUGAGUAAGCCAUCCAAGGAAAAGUCCAUAAAAGGGGACGUCAAAGACGAUGUAACAUUGCCAACUAGCCCAAAAGGUAGGGAAAAGCCUACUAGAAAGCAGAUAAAUGUGGAAUCCGAACUAAACCCAUGUCCUUUUGUCAAUAACGAUUAUACCAAAUCCUCGUUUUCUUCCAAAGUGGUCAAAAAAAUGAUCGCCAAACAGACGAAAGCACUACACCACUCUUUUCGUAAAAGUAAGGAGCUACCGAUCGGCCGUUCUACGUUAAAAGGAAAUUUGCUCCAUUGGAGAGGUUCUUUUCAAGAUAGUGACUUGACAGAAAAUCAAAUGACCUCGAACAUCAGCACUUUAAGUCCCAUGUUUGAUCACGAGGCUGAAGACUUAUCCUCACUAACACACUCUUUACAAAUCACAAAACCUAACAGCUCUCGGCUUCGCAGCUUUAAGUCGCUGAAGCACACCAGCGACUUCAUGGAGUUAUCAAUGAAUUUACAGCAAGCUACCUAUGAAACCUCCGACACGGGAAUCCUUUCCUUUGGUAGGAAUAACUGCAACAGCCUUACAAGCAUUCAGAUGGAAUGUCUAAAAUUUGUGCCAAUGCCAUUAACAGGAGUAGCAGAAUCGGUAAGCAGGAGGCUCGGUGUAAUAGAAUACAUUGCUGAUGCAACCAAUAACCAUAGCAGUCCGUCGCUAUGUUUAUCUCACACUUCGGGAAGCGCUUCCCCAAAGCUGAGCAACCAAGAGAAAGGAAAAGGGCACGCCAGCACUGGAUUUUCAACACCAGAUCUUAGCUCGCCGGUCUGUAAGUCAAGGGAAUAUAAAUGCUCAAUGAUUGACAAUGGCAGGUAA